GAGCGCAAACGCGACAGAAGAAAUGCCUGACGGACGUCGUUUUCUCAACGCGACCUGGCAGCCAGUUAUUGACUCAAAAUACAAAUUUUACGUCUAUUCAGCGUACUUGGACAAACGAAUUUUGGAAAAGCAAAUUAAUAUUCCCUCGCCCAGAGUUCGGGUUGUUGGUGUGGCCAGACUUUUAAAUUUGACAAUUGCGGAGCGCGCUUUUUGCAGAUAUUGGUAUGAUGACGAACAGUUUAAGUUGGAAGCGAAAAGCAGAAAGAAAUUCAUAGCAGAAGCAGUGAUGACGCCAUUCACGGAACACCACGGUCUCGAUUACUCGGCUUGUUUUAUUGACUGUCUUAUCGCGAUCACUGCUAAAAUACCCACGGCCGUUUCUGUGUAUUCGGAACAAGUGAUGACCACGUUCCUUAAGGAUGACGAUCUAAUAAGCUUGCCAGACGCUGGAAAUUUCCUUCCAAUAAACAUUCAACCGGAAAAACCAAAUGACCGCACAGACUUAGUUGCUUGUGUAAAACCAUUAUAUAGUGAAUUUGUCCAGGCUUGGAAACUUAUUGAGUGGAUUGAGUUGAACAAAAUACUUGGGUUCUCGCAUUUCUACAUAUACUACCACAACUCAACAAAGGAAGUCAAGUGCGUCUUGGACGAUUAUGUGAAAAAUGGAACAGUUACUUUGUUCCAAUGGCAAAAUCUCCCAUUCAAGAAUAAUGUCGACUUGCGGGAGGAAAACAUGUUCGCCGCACUGAAUGACUGCGCUCUUCGUUCAAUCAACGUGCACAAGUACGUGGCGCCAUUCGAUGUUGAUGAAUUCAUCGUGACGAAAAACUACACUCUAUUGAAAUUUCUUGAAGCUUUUGAUAAACGGGGAGGAAAUGAAAUUUCAUUUGUUUUUCAACUCGCUUUUUUCUACCUGCAAUGGCCUGACGAUUCAUAUUACUCAGGGGUAGAUUUGACGACGCAGAAAAAGACGAAAAGAAGAACCGAAUUUAAGAAAAAUAGGGGAAAGUACAUUUGUAAACCUGAAGGAGUUGCGGAAAUUGGAAAUCACUUUUUAUGGAAAAUGACUAAAAAGAAGUACAGGGAGGUUGUUAUAAAACCGGAAUUUGGAAACCUCUUUCAUUAUAGAAAUUGCGAGCGUGAUUAUGAUAAUUGUUGGGAGGACCAAUUUAUAGAAGAUAGGACAAUGUGGAAAUAUCAGAAAGAACUAGAAAAAAGUAUGAAAGUAAUAGAACAGAAUUUGGCUGAAAAGUGCAAACUUUGUCGUUUAGGGAAUAUUUGAUUUAAAUGAUAACAUUUUGAAAAUACAAAAUAAAUAUUUCAUUUCC